AUGAUAUCCAAAAAGGCUGGCGGUGAUACACCUAAAGAAUCCACCGCCGCCGCCUCCUCUUCCACCUCCAAAUCUAAAAGUAGUAGUAAAGAUACUAAAUCAAAAGGAGGAGUUACUACAAAAACAAAAGAGAAGAGUAAAGCUUUGGCCAGUAAAAAAGCAGUAAUGAGAGCAGCACCAGGAAAAGUUAAAAAGAAGAUUCGUACCACUACCACUUUUCGUCGUCCCAAAACUUUACAUACACCUCGUAAGCCAAGAUACUUUCGUAGAUCAAUUAAUCGUACACCUCGAUUGGAUCAAUAUAAAAUUUUAAAACAUCCUUUAAAUACCGAAUCGGCCAUGAAAAAAAUCGAGGAUACGAAUACACUCGUUUUCAUCGUUGACACUCAAGCUAAUAAACGUCAAGUUAAGGAUGCAGUAAAGAAAUUGUAUGAUGUUGAUGCAUCAAAAGUUAAUACACUUAUAAGACCUAAUGGAACCAAAAAAGCCUACGUUCGCCUUACUGCUGAUGUAGAUGCUUUGGAUAUUGCCAAUAAGAUUGGAUUCAUUUAA